CGUACAUAUGUAUUUAUCCACAAUUGAUAAAAUUAACAGGUACUUACUUUACGUAUAAAAACGUGCAAAUGUUUAAAUCAAAUUUUAUAGUUUGUUGUCGCGACAUUUCGACGUUCUUUAAUUACAUGUUUGCGGAUUGUUAUUUUGAUAUCAAUAUAUAGAAAAAAGCACAUUGGAAAUAACACUUGAAAAACAAACACAAUCAUGAAAAUGAUGCAGUCAUCCGUUUAUUUGUGCAUUAUAAUCUGCGUGCAAAUAUUAGUACACGGUGCUGUCCUAAAUGAUGAUGAGUACAACUUACAAAAAUGGAAUUCUUUCAAGGUUCAGCAUACCAAACAAUAUGAAACAAUAGAAGAAGAAGAACGAAGAAUGAAGAUAUACCUGGAUAACGAGAAAAAAAUCGCCGAGCACAACGAACGUUUCGAAAAUGGCGAAGAAACAUACGAGCUGGGGAUAAACGAAUUUUCAGAUUUGACUACACAAGAAUUCAACGAGUUAUAUUUGACAAAAAUUGAUACCAAUCGGAACACAAGUGAGGAUUUUUACAUCCUAGAUUCAUCCAUGGAUGAUGCUCCAGCAGGCAGAAAUUGGGUUCAAGAGGGAAAAGUAACUCGCAUAAAAAAUCAGGGCUCCUGUGGCAGUUGUUGGGCAUUCACUUCAGCAGCAGCAAUAGAAUCUCACGUAGCUAUUAGAAACAGCAGGUUGGUAGAUCUUAGCCCACAAAACUUGGUAGAUUGUGUGCGAGAAUGUCACGGUUGUAACGGAGGCCAUCAAAAAUAUGCAUUUGAUUAUAUCAGAAGAAAUAGAGGAAUCGCAAAAGAAGCAUCGUAUCCAUACAGAGGCCAGCAAGGUUAUUGUCGAUACAAUUCUUACUUCAGAGGAGCUACUAUUCAAGGAUACAGAAGCGUUGAAGCCAAUGAAAACGUCAUCAAACAAGUUGUUGGCACUAUUGGUCCAGUCGCUGCUACCCUUGAUGCUAGGAUGCUACAUCAAUAUAGAUCAGGAGUACUUCAGAGAUCGGAAUGUCAGAACCAGAGAGGAACGGCUACUCAUGCUAUUGUGAUAGUUGGCUACGGUAGACAAUCAGGAAUGGAUUAUUGGUUGGUGAAAAAUUCUUGGGGAACGUCGUGGGGCAUGAAUGGAUAUUUUCUAAUUGCACGUAACGUUAACAUGUGCGGGAUUGCGAAUGAUAUUGAUUUUCCUAUAGGAGUAACAGGAAUAUAAUUUUUAAAAAAAAAUAGCUUAAAUACCUAUCUAGAAUAAUUAUUUGAGCGAAGAAAAAUUCACUGAUAUAAAA